UAUGAUUGUUCAGAGGCAAGGUUUCUGAAACAGAGUAACGUUUUAUAUGAGUUCGACGGGAUCCAAAAAUGUCGACUAGUUCAGCUCUCAGUAGCUAUUAUGUGGACUCUAUUAUGGGGCACGACACGGAGGAUGUGUACGGAGCGCGUUAUGUCCAGGGCUCACACACGGUGAGGCCGUCAGGUGUGGGGGAAAAUGCGGACUUCUCGUCGUGCAGCUUCGCUCCCAAGUCAGCCGUGUUCCCUGCGUCCUGGACCUCAGUUCAUCAACCAUCUACUGCUGCUGUGUCCGGAAUUUACCAUCCAUACGUCCACCAGACCCAUCUUUCGGACAACAGAUACGUGCGCUCCUGGAUAGAACCAGUCUCAAACCAUAUCUCUCUAUCGGGGCUCCCCUCCAGCAGUCGGCACAGCGGCACAAAGACUGAAAGUUUACCCUCG